AUCUCCUACGUGUCAUCUCAACGUCUCUAAACGCCGCCACUCGUUUCUUCUUCAUCUUCUUCUUCUUUCACUUCACGCCGUUAUCACCAGUUCAGUCAAAACUAACGUUCCAUUCCACAGUCUCCUCACUCACCACUUCAAUGGGCAUAAAGUCUCCGUAACGACCAAUUUUAAUUCCCAUUAAAUAAAUAAUUAUACUAUAACUGAGCUUCUCCACUCCACUCUUCACACUGCUCUCUUUUUCAAUGGCUCUUCAAUGGCUCCUCCUCUUCAAUCUCUUCAUCCUCACACGAGCGGAGCUCCCCGGCACGUGGGAGCUUCUAGUUCCAGACGCAGGAAUAGCCUCAAUGCACACCGCCGUUACUCGCUUCAACACCGUUAUCCUUCUCGACCGGACUAACAUCGGUCCGUCCCGUAAACUCCUUCCGAAAGGCCGUUGCCGUUACGACUCUAAAGACACUGCUCUGAAACACGACUGUUAUGCUCAUUCCGUUCUGUUCAAUCCUCUCAACAAUCAAAUCCGGCCGUUGAUGAUCCUCACCGACACGUGGUGCUCGUCUGGUCAGUUUCUCCCUGAUGGGAGUUUGUUGCAAACGGGUGGUAGCAUGGAUGGGUUUACUAAGAUCCGGAAGUUCGACCCGUGUGAGGAAAAUGGGUUGUGUGAUUGGGUUGAGCUUGAGGAUGUGAAGUUAAGUGAGGGGAGAUGGUAUGCUACUAAUCAAAUAUUACCGGACGGGUCGGUUAUUAUUGUCGGUGGACGAGGGGCAAAUACGGUAGAAUAUUAUCCUCCGAGGGCAAACGGUGUCGUUUCGUUUCCGUUUCUGGCUGAAGUUGAAGAUCGUCAGAUGGAUAAUUUGUAUCCGUAUGUCCAUCUUCUCCCUGACGGGCAUCUUUUUAUUUUUGCCAACAAUAAAGCUGUACUGUACGAUCAUCAAUUCAAUAAAAUUUUGAAAGAGUAUCCACCGUUGGAUGGAGGCCCGAGGAAUUACCCAUCAGCUGGAUCUUCAGUUAUGUUAGCGUUAGAUGGGGACUAUUCAACGGCUGUGAUUGUUAUUUGUGGUGGGGCUCAGUUUGGUGCUUUUAUACAGAGGAGUACGGAUACACCUGCGCACGGUAGCUGCGGGCGGAUUGUGGCUACUUCGCCCGACCCGGUUUGGGAAAUGGAGAGUAUGGCAUUCGGGCGGAUCAUGGGUGAUAUGGUUAUGUUACCCACUGGUGAAGUUUUAAUUAUAAAUGGAGCUCAAGCUGGUACACAGGGAUUUGAAUUAGCAUCAAACCCGUGUUUAAACCCGCUAUUGUAUAGACCGGAUCAACCCCUUGGGUUACGGUUCAUGACGUUGAAUCCGGGAACCAUACCUAGAUUAUAUCAUUCAACCGCUAAUUUGUUACCAGACGGGCGAGUAUUAUUAGCCGGAAGUAACCCGCAUUUCUUUUACAAGUUCACUUCAGAAUUCCCUACUGAAUUACGAAUCGAAGCGUUUUCGCCCGAAUAUUUAUCGGCGGAUCGGGCCAAUCUCCGACCCAUAAUUGAGGAGAUUCCGAAUACGGUUCGUUACGGAGAGGUUUUUAAUGUGUUGAUAUCGGUUCCUUUGCCGAUUGUGGGCAUUGUAGAAGUCAACAUUGGAAGUGCUCCAUUUGCAACACAUUCAUUUUCACAAGGACAGAGACUGGUUAAAUUGGCGGUUACACCCGCCGUGCCGGACGAUGCAGCUCGGUAUAGAAUCGGGUGCACUGCACCUCCUAACGGAACGGUUGCUCCGCCUGGUUAUUAUAUGGUGUUUGCUGUUAAUCAAGGCGUGCCGAGUAUAGCACGAUGGGUUCAGUUAGUCUCUUAGCUUAAAAUAAUUUUUUUUUUGAGAUAAGCUUAAAAUAAUUGAUCAUUCAAUUUAAAUGUAAAAUUGGAUCGAUUUUUUUAUACAGUACUUUUUAUUUAUCUGUUAAUAAAAAAGAAAAUAGAGCAGCAGCAAUUAUAUUUUCUUGCUGCAUUUA